AUGGCCGAGGAGGACAAUCUCAAGUUAUGCCUCAAUCGUGAUUAUGAAACCACCAAAUUGGCUGCCCAGAAAGAACUCGCUAAAUUGGAGGAGGCCCAUGCCAAUGAGUUGGAGAAAGAUCGAAAGCGUGCCGCUGCUUCUGAAGCUAAGUUAGCGCGCCAGCUGGAAAUCGAGACAAAGUCUGAACUAAAACUUGCUAAGAAGACGAAAAAGCAGCUCCUUCAGCAGCAACAUCAGCAAAUACAAUUGCAUACUCAGCACUCCCAUCAAUUAACUCUACCUCCUGGACUGCAAAAUCAGCAGUCUCAUUUAAGCCAACUUCAUGGGAAUCACCGACCUCUGUCAUUUUUUUCGUCUAGUUUCACUACUACCCAGCUCCAGAUGUCUUCUCAACAGUCUUGCCAAUCACCCGAGGGGCAUCUGGCUAGCUCGUCAUCUCCGUCCCCUACGCCUAUUCCCAUUUCGGCCAGCUCUAUGAGUGGCACUCAAUCUCAGCUUGCUAAGGCCAGACCUUCAGUUACUUCUUCAACAUUGGGCGCAGGGGAGGUCGAUGGCGUCUCAUUGCUGGAACAGCAGAUGCGUAAUCGACAAACACUCAACGAUUUGGAGAAACGUCGACAUAAGCGUCUUAUUCUUUUUCAGCGGCAGGAAUUAGAAUCUCUCUUUUUUGAUUAA